GACGCGGAUCCGGUAUUCACAGACUAGUGUGGCGCGCAGCUUGGUGGUGUUGAGAGCCCACGCUUGCCGGAUUCGGCGUUUCUGCGAGGAGGUCCGAAGUAGCAGAGAUCGCGGCGUCGCCGGGGAACCCGGGACGGCUGGUGAGCCAUGGUGAAGAGAUCCCGGCGACGUGGAGCGGCCCAGUGGGCAGCCGUGCGGGCCGGGGCAGUUCGCACCGCCACGGACGAAAAUGAGGACGAUUUAGGGUUGCCGCCCUCUCCAGGGGACUCCAGCUACUACCAAGAUCAGGUAGAUGAGUUCCAUGAAGCGCGAUCUCGGGCAGCCCUUGCUAAGGGCUGGGACGAAGUCGAGAGUGGGGAGGAGGAUGGAGAUGAGGAGGAAGAGGUGCUAGCCCUAGAUAUUGAUGAUGAAAGCAAUGAAGAGAGUUCGGAGGAGGAAGAGGCGGAAGAUGGCGAUGAUGAUGAUGGCGGGAGCUCCGUGCAGAGUGAGGCUGAGGCCUCUAUGGAUCCUAGCUUGUCUUGGGGUCAGAGGAAAAGGCUUUAUUAUGAUACGGACUAUGGUUCCAAAUCCCGAGGCCGUCAGAGUCAGCAAGAAGUAGAAGAGGAGGAAAGAGAGGAAGAGGAGGAGGCACAGUUAAUUCAGCGACGCCUGGCCCAAGCCCUGCAAGAGGACGAUUUCGGAGUUGCUUGGGUGGAGGCCUUCGCAAAACCGGUGCCCCAGGUGGAUGAAGCUGAGACUCAGGUCGUGAAGGAUUUGGCUAAAAUCUCGGUAAAAGAGAAGCUGAAAAUGCUGAAAAAAGAAUCACCAGAGCUCUUAGAGCUGAUUGAAGAUCUCAAAGUUAAGUUGACAGAAGUGAAGGAUGAAUUAGAGCCGUUGUUACAGUUGGUGGAGAAAGGGGUCAUUCCACCUGGAAAAGGAAGCCAAUACCUGAAGACUAAAUAUAACCUCUACUUGAACUACUGCGCAAACAUUAGUUUUUAUUUGAUAUUAAAAGCCAGGAGAGCCCCUGCACAUGGACACCCUGUUAUAGAAAGGCUGGUUACCUACAGAAAUCUGAUCAACGAUCUGUCCGUUGUGGAUCAGAAACUGUCCUCCGAAAUCCGUCACCUACUCACAGUCAAGGAUGGUGCUGUAAAGAAAGGACUGACUCCAAAAGAAAAAUUAACCAAAACCAAGGCAAAGUCUGUGAAACAGGCUGCUGCUACUGCUGAUCCGUCUGAGGAUCCUGAUUUUGAUGAAGCUGCACUCCAAUACUAUAAGGAAAUGGAAGAUGGGCAAAAGUUAAAAAGAAAGAAGGAAGAAAAUAGUGCCGAGGAGCAGGCUCUCGAAGAUCAAAAUGCAAAGAGAGCCAUUACCUACCAGAUUGCUAAAAAUAGGGGACUUACACCUAGAAGAAAGAAGAUUGAUAGAAAUCCCAGAGUUAAACAUAGGGAAAAGUUCAGAAGAGCCAAAAUUCGAAGACGAGGCCAGGUUCGUGAAGUUCGUAGAGAAGAGCAGCGCUAUAGUGGUGAACUAUCUGGCAUUCGUGCUGGAGUUAAAAAGAGCAUUAAGCUUAAGUAAAGUUCCUCUUUGGCCUAGUUUUUUGCAAUUACUUUAGAUCAAUAAAAGGGUUUUUAACUAAA